UUCUUUCCAAACGUAUUAUGGAUCAGAUUGAAGCUAAUCCUGGACUGCCUGUUCGUGCCCUACAAGAGCAACUCCAAUCAACUUAUGGAGUUAGUAUUUCAGAAGAGAAAGCAUUUAGGGCAAGAGCAUUAGCCACCAAAAAUGUUGCAGGGGAUUACGUAAAGCAAUAUGCAGCUUUGAGAGACUAUGUACUAGAGCUACAAAAGACAAAUGAAGGUACAACUGUAAAGAUUGAUGUGGUUUCAGAACCUGUGGUUUCAUCCCCAACCAGGCAAUUCAGAAGGAUAUACGUGUGUUUAGGUCCUUUGAAGAAAGGUUUUAAGGCAGGUUUGAGAGAAUUUUUAGGCUUAGAUGGAGCCUUCGUGAAGGGACCUUUCCCAGGUCAAAUACUAAGUGCAGUUGGUGUUGAUUCCAACAAUGGAACCUACCCAUUGGCAUAUGCUGUUGUUGAAAGUGAAAACACUUCAAGUUGGAAAUGGUUUCUUCAGUGUCUUGCAGAAGAUCUUGACUUGUAUUCAAAUUCCAACUUCACCUUUAUCAGUGAUAGACAGAAGGGUCUUCUACCAGCCAUAGAACAAUUGUUCCCUAAUGCAGAACACAGGUUCUGUAUUAGACACAUAUACCAGAACAUGAGGAUCAGAUUUAAGACUACAGAAUACAAGGAGUAUUUUUGGAGGUGUGCUACAGCCACCACCAUACCAGAGUUUGAAGCUGUAAUGGUAGAGCUAAGGAAUUAUGACAUAGAAGCAUAUCAGUGGCUCUUGAAAAUCCCUCCACAUCAUUGGGCUAGAAGUCAUUUUUCAGGAAGGGCAAUUUCAGACAUGUUAUUGAAUAACCUUUGUGAAGUGUUCAAUAGCAAGCUUGUUAAAGGGAGAGACAAACCCAUUAUCAGUUGUUUGGAGUUCAUCAGAGAGUACCUUAUGAAGAGAGUAUGCAAUGUGAUGAAGGUGUUAAACAAGUGUCAAGGUCCAUUAACUCCAACUGGUACUAGGAUUUUGGAAUCAAACACAACACUAGCUAGUAAGUAUCAUGCACGAUGGAAUGGGGGACAAAAGUAUCAGGUUAAAGGUCCAUGGAAUGAUCAACAUGUGGUGGACAUGGAGAAAAGGGAGUGUAGUUGUAGAAAGUGGGAGCUUACUGGAAUUCCUUGCAAACAUGCAAUUGCAAGCCUAAAUGAAAUGGCAGACAAUAAUGAAAAGGUGGGAGAACUAUACACCUAUGUGCAUAAGGUGUAUUGGCUUGAUACAUGGAAAGAGAUGUACUCCUUCAAGGUGGAGCCUAUCAAAGGUAGAGCCAUGUGGCCUAAGAGUGACUGCCCAACAACUCUUGUGCCUCCACCACACAACAAAGCUAUAGGCAGGCCAAAAAAGAAAAGAAGGAUUACAGCAGAGGAAAGGAUUGAAAUCCAGCAACGUAAGAGGCAAGCAAACAGUCAAAGUCAAAAUGAUAAUGAAACUCAAUCACUGAGCAGGAAGUUUUUGACUGUGACAUGUAGUAAGUGUAAGCAAAACGGUCACAAUGCUAGGACCUGCAAGUCCAAAGAUGGGAAUUGA